AUGUUGAAAGACUAUAAUACAACAUUAGUCUAUGAAUCCUGCAUCAACAAGACGAUAAAAACACUUUCACAAGAUUACUCAAUAAAUAAAAUAUGGGAAUCAAUUAAAGAAUCUACACGUAAUGCAGCUUAUAAAACCUUGAGAAAAAUACAAUGGUACCAAAAAAUGAGAAAACAUAAACAACUUAAAAAUAAAAUAAACAGAGAUACAAAAGAAGCAAGGGGAAAAUUGCUUGAAGAUAGAUGUAAGAAAGUAGAGUUAAUAAAUCUUUUAUAAAUAAAAGGAAUCAAAAUGGAUCAGGCGUUCAACACAAUAAAGACAUUUUUCAGUAGAAAGAAAAAAAGCUAACACUAAAAUAAGAUGCAUAAAUGGAAAUCUACUAUUAGACAACGAAGACGUUGUUUGUAGAUGGUCACAAUAUAUUGAAAUCCUAUACCAGGGCAACGAAAUAAAAUGUCCAAAUAAUACAAAUAACCCAGAUAUAAAAAGUGCGACAAUUCUAAGGGAAUAAUUCAAUCAAGUUCUUAAGACAAUGAAAACUAGAAAAGUUGGAACUUUUUCCUUUUUUAAAGGAACUAAAAAGGCGAUCUUGAGCUUAAGAUUAUUAAUUAAAAAGCAAUUAGAAUUUAACAAAGAUAUUUUCAUCGCAUUUAUUGGCUUAGAAAAGGCAUUUGACACAGCUCUCUGGGCAGAUUUGUUUAAAACCUUAAAGGAAGUAGACGUUGAUUAUAAAGAUAUACGGAUAAUAAGCCACAUUUAUAAAGAAAAAUCAGCAAUAAUCCCAGUGUUAGACAAAUCUGAAACCGCUAAAACAAGAAAAGGUGUAAGGCAAGAACGCUCACUGUCACCAAUAUUAUUCAUUAUUUAUAUAGGACAAUAUAUCAACGAAAUUAAAGAAACACAAAAUUGGUUUGAUAAUAGAAGGAGAAUUGAUUUCUAA